CGAACGAUUCUAUGGUGAUGGAUAGUUCAUCUGUCGCCCUUGAAACGACAUCCGCUUACAUUGGUGUAGUUACGAGCUCCGUGGGUGCGGGAAAGGAGACAACCGCCUGGCUGGAAUCGCAUGAGAGCUCUGACAACUUUACCGGUUUACCAACUGAUUCUACAUCUCUUAUUGUUCAGAGUUCUGUGGAUAUUGACAGUCGUUCUGUGUCUAUGGCAACAAGCAUUGUCCCCGAGGAAAUACGAACUUCCACUGGUAUUGGCAACGUGUCUGAGUCUUUAGAGACAUUGCUCGUUGAAAGUAGUUCUCUUUCUGAAGACAUCCAAAGCUCUGUUGAAGUGGGCAGUUUAUCUACAUCCAUUGAAACAACGUCCCGUCCACAAACUGAUCAAAGUUCCAUUGAAAGCACAACCUCCACAAUCAAAGUGUCGAUCUUGGGUUCCAUUCAAGUAACUCAGUCACAAGCUGCAACACACAGUUCCGUCGAUAGCAAAUCCUCCACAAUUGACGAAUCGGUAUUGGGUUCGAUGGUAACUAAGUCACAAACUGCAACACAAAGUUUGGGCGAAAUGUCUGGAUCUCAACUACCCAUAGCAUCUUCGUCAUCGGUUCAAAAUUCUGCUUCUGAUGACAUUGAUACCUCAUUUGGAUCUGUAGACGGCACCAGUUCCGUAGCGUUUGCUACUGAAGUUAUGUCACAAUCAGCACAACAUUCUGUAGGAGUUACUUCGUCUCCGUUAUCACAACAAAUGUCCAGUGAUGUUAACGAUCCUGGGCAGAUCGGAUCAACCUCAGAACCUAUAUCAGCUUCUUCCGUUAGUCAACCGCAGUCUUCAGAAGUAGUUACUAGCAUCCCCACUAGCACCACAACUCCGGCAACAGCUAAACUAGGUAUUGAUGAUUCGUGUGAUGAUGACGUGUCUUGUCCAGAUAACUCUGUUUGUCAUCAAACCAAGUGCAGUGGUAAAAGAUGUCAGUGUCAAGAUGGCUAUUUCUCUGCUAAUAAAGGCAUGGCUUGUCUAAAAGCCGUGAAACUAGGGGAAUUGUGUAAUGACACCAUUACGUGUGCGGUUCCAUUCAGCCUGUGUGAUAAAGGAACCUGUGUUUGUGGACGGCCAUUUACCAGGACAACGCCUAAUGGAUUUUGUGCCGAUGACACGCCGACAGUCGGUGAGAGCUGUACAGACACUUGUCGCGAGUUUGACGCCUCUUGUGGUUCAGAUAAAAUAUGUACUUGUAACCCGGAUUUCCGGGUGGCUGAAGAUGCAGAAGUUUACGCUGCUGGUCCGGCCUGGUUCUAUAACGGUCGAUGCAUCAGAGAAUCCCAGGGUUAA